AUUUUAUUUCAUAUGAUCAUAGAUUUUCUUGGAGGUACUAAUUCAUUUGAUGUAAAAAAUGAUUUAGUUGCUUUUGAAUAAGGAAACAGUUUACUAUUGCUUGAUACUACAAAUAACUCAAAAGUUUAAAUGCAUGGUCACGUGAAUUAGAUAAUAGCAAUCUGUUUUUGUGGAUAAAAUCUUAUAGCAUCUGUAAGUAUGGGAUUUAAGAAUCAUUUAUAAAUCUCUGAAUUUGAUACUUUUAAUCGAACAUUUGAUGAAUAUCUACCUGACACAGAUAAAAAGACUGUUCAAAUUUAUAUGGAGAAUAUUAAUAAUUAAUUGAUUCUAAUUGAAGUAAAUACAGGUCAUCGAAUACUUGUUUAUGAUAUUCAAUAAUAUAAAUUACUUUUUAUAACUGAUUUAGAUAAUCUAAAUCCUUGCUUUGGAUUUUCUUAUUUACCAUCAAAACCAAAAACGAAAAUCUGUUUAAUGUGUAAUGGAUAAGUAACAAUUUGGAACUUGGCAUAGAAUAAUGUUCAAAUUACAAAUAGAAUAACAUUAAGGAAUAUUAAACAUAUGGACACCAAUAAAUCUCUCAAUUUAAUCAUAUUAAUAUUAGUUACUGGAGAUUUAUAUAUAUUGAAUUCAGAUGGAGAUUUGAUUUCUUAAUUGAAAGCUCCAGAUUAAGAAUUUACUGCUUCAACUAGUUUUGAAUAAUAUUUAUAUUUAUCUACAAGAAGUGGUAAAAUAUUUAUAUAUGAAAUAUCAACUCUUAAAUUUGUAACAGAUAUUCAUGCAAAUGAUACUUGUUAUUGUAUUUAAUUAAAACAUUCAAAUUAACUUCUAGUUUUUGCUUUAAAUGAUUCCACCUUAGUUACUAUGGAUAUCAAUAAACGUAUAAUUUUAGAUUAAUAAAAUGGUCAUGGUGGUAGGAUUAAUUCAGUUUUAUGGGAUCCUAUUUAAAAUAAUUAAUUUUAUUCUUGUUCAAAUGAUGGUUCUUUUGGAGUUUGUAAUUCAAGAGGUGAUAAAUUUUCAAUGAAUAAAUAUUACAUCGGAUAAUUUUAAACUAAAAUAAAAUGCUGUGUUAUUGAUAAUUAUAGAGAUGAUAUCUACUUGGGUGAUAAUAAAGGAUAAUUAUUUGUUUUUUCUUUAAUUAAUGUAUAAUUUCGUAGAUAGAUUGCUCUAACUUAGAAUCUAGGUAUAAAAGAAAUGUAAUUCAGUCCAGCUUAUUAAUAUUUAGGAGUAGCCUUUAAAAAUGGAUUCACUAUAAUUUUAGAUUGUGAAAACUAAUUGAAACCUGUAUUAAAAUUGGAGGAUAAACUUGAAAAUAUCUCUUUUGUUGGAAUAAAGCUAUUUCAAUUAGAAUUUGAUCUUGUUAAAGUAAAUACUCAAGCAUAUUCAACAUCUUAUAUUCCAAGAAAUGAUAAGUCAUUUAACUCACUAACUAUUUAUAAUCAUAAUUCUGUAAGGAGACAUUAAAUUGAUAAAGCUAAUUCUUAAUUAUCAGCUUUAGCAUUAAAUAUAUAUACCAUUGAAGGUACUAUUUUUGGAUUUGAUUUACAUCCAUCAAAAGAUUAUAUUUUAAUUUUAUCAAAUUAUGGAUUUGUUUAUAUUUAUAGAAUAUAAAGUUCAGAGAAAAGAGCCAAAAUAACAGUUCCACCUUUUUCAAGACAUUUAAGGAUUGAUAAAUCAGGAUUAUAUUUUGCAAUAGCUCAUUUACCGUUAAUUAAUUAAUCAGAUAAAUAAAUAAUAGAAAUACCUUCAAUUGAAUUUUUAACUAAAAAUGCAAAAAUAAAUAAAAAAAUGUUACCUACAAAUAUUCGAAUAUAUGAAUGUGGAACUGGUUAAUUUGCUGAAUAAAUAAAUAGAAUAUUUAGUAUAACUUCAUUAGAUUUCUCUAAUGAUGGAUAAUAUUUAUUAGUAGGUGGAAAAAAGGGAAAGAUUUCUUUGUGGGGAUUAAGUGAAGAUUUAGUAUAAAGUGGUGAAGAUGUAAUAAAAGAGAUGAAACUGAAUCCUUUUUUUUGGAGAGACUUUUAAAUCUAUAUAGAUGAGGAAGAGAUCUAAGAAUAAGAUAUCUUAGAUUUAGAGUUAUUAGCAAAGAAACUACCAAAUAAGCCAAUUGUUUCAAGUUAAAAAUAUUAAUAAAUUGUUAAUCCACAUACAAUGUAUAAUAAUAAUAUAAAUAUUAUUUUAGAAUCUAAACACCUGGUAGUGUUAGUUCAAGAUAUGAAUUAUAUUGA